CCAGUGCUCUUCUACUCUGUCAUUCCCACUGAUAGGAGGCGGGGGCGGGGCUCAGAAUGCUUUGAACACAGAUGCGGAGCGGCUCUUCUGCUCUGAGCGCCAGUGAGACGAACAGCACCAUGACUGCGAACGCAUACGACGUGAUUGUGAUUGGCGGAGGCAUCUCAGGUCUGAGUGCUGCCAAGCUGUUGGUGGAAAGCGGCCUGAAUCCUGUCCUCCUGGAAGCCAGGAACCGUGUUGGUGGAAGAACCUUCACUGUUCAGAAUAAGGAGACCAAAUGGGUGGAUCUGGGAGGAGCGUACAUUGGGCCCACUCAAAACCGCAUCCUGAGGAUAGCCAAACAGUACGGGGUGAAAACAUACAAAGUCAACGAGGAGGAGUCUCUGGUUCACUAUGUGAAGGGGAAGUCAUAUCCAUUCAAAGGGCCUUUCCCUCCAGUGUGGAACCCUCUCGCCUACAUGGACUACAACAAUCUCUGGAGGACAAUGGACAAGAUGGGAAUGGAGAUACCUAAAGAAGCUCCAUGGAGGGCCCCUCAUGCCGAAGAGUGGGACAAGAUGACCAUGAAGCAACUCUUUGACAAGAUUUGCUGGACCAGGGCCGCUCACCGCUUUGCAACUCUGUUUGUCAAUGUGAACGUAACCUCCGAGCCCCAUGAGGUGUCUGCUCUGUGGUUCCUUUGGUAUGUCAAGCAGUGUGGAGGCACAAUGAGAAUCUUCUCUACCACCAAUGGAGGCCAGGAGCGCAAGUUUGCCGGAGGUGCCAAUCAAAUCAGUGAGGCGAUGGCGAGAGAGCUGGGUGACCGUGUGAAGCUGGGCAGAGCCGUCUACAGCAUUGACCAGACUGGAGACCUGGUGGAAGUCAGAACAGUUAAUGAGGAGAUAUACAAGGCCAAAUAUGUCAUACUUGCCAUACCACCCGGGCUGAACUUGAAGAUCCAUUUUAACCCUGAACUGCCCCCUCUGAGGAACCAACUCAUUCAUAGAGUGCCUAUGGGCUCAGUCAUCAAAUGCAUGGUGUACUACAAAGAGAAUUUCUGGAGGAAGAAGGGAUUCUGUGGCAGCAUGGUGAUCGAGGAGGAGGACGCGCCUAUUGGUCUCACGCUUGACGACACUAAGCCUGAUGGGUCUGUGCCUGCUAUAAUGGGUUUCAUCCUGGCACGAAAAUCUAGGAAACUAGCAGGCCUGACGAAAGAUGAGAGAAAGAGAAGGAUCUGUGAGAUUUAUUCUCGUGUGCUCGGCUCAGAGGAAGCGCUACAUCCUGUGCACUACGAGGAGAAAAACUGGUGUGAGGAGGAAUACUCUGGUGGCUGCUACACCGCCUACUUUCCCCCUGGAAUCAUGACACAGUAUGGCAGGGUCCUGCGGGAGCCGGUGGGCAGGCUGUACUUUGCAGGAACUGAAACAGCCACAGAGUGGAGCGGUUACAUGGAGGGGGCCGUGCAGGCAGGCGAGAGAGCCACUAGAGAGAUUUUGUGUGCAAUGGGAAAACUCCAUGCGAGUCAGAUCUGGCAGUCAGAGCCUGAAUCACUGGAUGUCCCAGCCCGGCCGUUUGUCACCACAUUUUGGGAAAGAAACUUGCCAUCGGUUGGAGGAUUCCUCAAGUUUAUGAGUGUGUCUUCCUUCUUGGGUCUGGCCACAGCAGCAGGAGUGGUCGCCUACAAGAAGGGGCUCCUCCCACAUAGCUAAAGCCCCUCCCACUUUCACAACCUGUUCUCUGUGACCUGGCCUUGUGAUUGUGGCGUUCAGUCAUCUAAUCACAGCCACAACUGCCUGGGUAUGUGGCCGAGUUACUUAGUUGAGAUAUGACAUACAAUUGCUCAGUCAUUGCUGAAAAUUAACCAAGUGAUUAUUAUGGCAUAAUGAAUAGCUACUAAUUGUUAAUGUGGAAAAUGCCCUGUCAAAGAGUUCACAAACUAGCUGACAUUCCACAACCAUUCAUUGUGUGUGUACAAGUGUGUGUGUUUAUCACCAGUCUUAUUGAUUACCUCUGCUAAUUUCAGGUGCUGUUCUCAGGAACUCAUUAAUUAACCUUCCAAAAUAUUGAAGUAACUACUACAGAGAUUAGAUUAGCAUUUAGCAAUGCAUUUUGUUGUACUCUGUGACAGAGAAUAUCUUCUCUACAUCACAACACAGAAGCUAUAAUAGCUUCAGCACAAUUCACUAUAUCAUUCAUGAGAGCAGCAGAGGCUGUUCAUAUUUACUCUCAAUUCUCAACAUGCCAUGACAAUGUCAAAUGACAAUUAGUACAGACUGUCUUUGUGUCUGGUAAUAUAAUGAAGUGAAGUUUAUCAGUCAGAGAGCUGAUUUGAAGGAUGUCCCAGUGUUUAAUGUAAUCUCUAAAAGCUGCUGUGUGUGAUUAUUGCUGAUUGAAACAUAUGAAAGCAUUUGAAUGUACUUUUACAUAUUAGAUUUUUUUUUUUGAUGUAACAGAACAGCGUAUACUUGAAAUAUGAUUUUUUUGGCAUGCAUUCACUGUCAACUAUCCAUUGUUAAACAACCCUCUAAGAAUCCCAUAUAUUAUUAAUAGUAAAAAAUGUUGAAAUGUAAUUAAAUUUGUAUUUUUAAACAAAUAUAAAGGCUUUCCAAUUUUAUCUAAAUGGUUUAUUGAUCCACCAACUAGAUAGAUAGAUAGACGGAUGUAAGUGGAAAGCGUCCCUCCCUCACCUUUGUAGCAGUAACCUGUGCAAUAUUAUUUCCUGAACAAUUAUAAUAUUAUGUAUUCAUUAUAUUCCAAUUAAAUAUUCUUUUGCAUUUCAUGGUAAAUUUUAUAUAUAUUUCAUCAUCUAAAAUUGCAAUUAAUUGAAAAGGAGGUAAUGCUGCCCAAAACAGACAGAUUUGAAAAUAAAAUGUACGGUAUGUAAACCUGAAGUGUGUAAAUUUUGUUGUUCCAAAGAUAUAUUGUAACUGUUGUUUGUGGUGCCUUAAUCUGAUGUAGUAUUCCUCAUUUCUCAAGUGCCUCUGUGCUGAUGCGCUCCUCCAGUCUGGGUCAGUCACUGGCUGCUUUAGGUGAUGGUUUCUAAAAACAAGCUCUUUUCACACAGUCAUAACCAGAAUUUCUUUUCAGAAGUCUGUGAAGAUCUUUGGUAGAUAAAUCUGCAUCGAAGAAACAUUUAAAAACUUGCUGUGAGCUGCUCUAGCCCUCAGCAUGCUGUACAAUCAAAAGCUCUCACUGAAGAAGCCACUGAUGACUCAGGACUGACAGAAUCCGAGGCAAAGCCACUCUUGACUGUUGAUUAUAAUGUUGGAUAAGAAAGCUUACUAUCCAUGACCUACAGUUCAUCUUGGUUGGUCAACUGUGAACUUAGUAACGAUGUGGUGACUCUUUUGUCCUGACAUGUUGUAGUUGCUGUAACUCCGCCACCUGGUGUGCUAGUGAAUUGUGCCUCUGUGUUUGUGUGCUGCUAAUGCUUUUCCAAAACCACAUAACAUGGCCCUGUUUACCCAAUCUGUCGUCGUCUGUUCCAGUUUGAAUAGCUGCCCUGCUACGAACAGGCCCCUUUGUCUGAUUUGGUGUGCGUAUCAAAAUGUCGAAUGGUCUAGUCUUGUAAUUGCAUUAUUUGAUCUCUUUGUACAAAUCCAACGACUAAGCUGAUAAUAAAAGUGUGAUUUACCACCA